AUGAGCGCGUCAUCUGCCAACGUGACCGUGGUUAAAGAGUAUCGAGACUCUUUCACUAAAGCUGUGACCAAGAAUGUGAUUGUUGUGGUUCUCAGCAUCUCCAUCAACUACAUAAAUGCAGGCCUCAUUCGAACCUUUUCCAAACACCAGAUCUUCUACACGAAUCCUCGGUACAUCCUGUUUUUCCACUUGGUGGUCAAUGACAUGAUUCAGGUGAUGCUGACCGUCAUCCUGUUCAUCAUCAGCUACAUCCUCUACAAAAUAAACGUCUCCAUCUGUUGCGUCUUCAUCCUGCUCGCUCUUUUCACCACUGAAAACACUCCUCUGAACCUGGCUUGCAUGGCGGUGGAGUGCUACAUCGCCAUCUGCUUCCCCCUUCGCCAUGUGCAGAUCUGUACCAUCAAGAGAACUUUAAUGCUGAUUGGUUUAAUCUGGGUGACAAGCAUGUUGUCUGUCCUGCCUGAUCUGUUCAUCACCUUGGCCACACAGCCUUUGGACUUCUUUCAAUCCAGAGUGUUCUGCCUCAGAGAAACUGCCUUUCCCAAUCCCCACAUUAUCAAGAAGAGAGAUAUUACCUAUAUUGUGUAUCUGGUUAUAGUUUGGUUUGCUAUCUUUUAUACUUACUUCAGAAUUCUGUUCACUGCAAAAACAGCAAGCACAGAUGCUAAAAAAGCCAGAAACACCAUCCUGCUCCAUGGUUUUCAGGUGCUGUUGUGCAUGGCAACAUACACAGAACCACUGCUAAAAAACGGUCUACAGCAAUGGUUUCCAAAGAAUAAUCCAGACUCCAUGUUCGCUUGUUACAUUAUUAUACAGAUCCUGCCACGAUCCAUUAGUCCAAUCAUUUAUGGCAUACGAGACAAGACUUUCAGGAGAUACCUGAAAAGGUAUCUGUUUUGUAAAGUCAGCCUACAGUCAGCAGCAGGUCAUGGAUUCUAG